AGUGCUUAUUAACUUCCGGGGCGCUCUGUUAUAAGAUGAAAUGUUUUGGUUCUGUCAACUCCUCCCAACUUUAGCCUGGGUUUGGGUCCGUGUAUUUGUGUAUAGGCGACUUUUGAAUUGUUAGCAGUGUCACCAAUGGACGCAAUGCACAAACACCGUGCACUUUAUAAAGGAACGACACCACCAUGGAAAGAAACGUAUCGGAAGCGCUGCGUGGACAGGUUGAAAAACAGCCGGUCCAGGCUGCUGGAGAGGUACCGUCAGACGGGAGAGAGUCCGCAGCGCAGCGGCUCCGGGGCCUCCAUCAUCGUCCAGGAGGUGAUGGAGGAAGAGUGGAGCGCCCUUCAGUCAGAGGACCGGAGACUGCCCUCCCUAUGGGGGCCGGAGGGCAUUACAGAGAUGUUCAGUGUUAUGAAAGAAUAUGACGAGCUGGCAGUCCUGGAAGAAAUCCAACAAGAGCUCAUGUCUCAAGAAAUGUCUAUUAUUGAUGAGUAUGAGAGAAACCUGCUGUUUGAACAGCAGUACAUCUCGUCUGUUGUGGAAGGGAUGGAAGAGAUGCAUAUUAUUUGCCCCAUGUGUCGCGCGAACAAUUUAAAUAUCAACAGCCAUUUUAUCUCCUGUCCCUGUGGAGUGUACAUCAACACUAAGAAACGUAACAUAACUCCAGACGUCCUGCGCCAUCUGCUAGAGUCCCGGGUGUCAGAGCACAUGGAAGACUGUCUCCACAACCCUGUUUUCUCUGUAGCUGCAAACACUGACAGCACUUCAAACCUGAUGAUCAGCUGCAAGGUACAGCAAAGUCUGCCAAGUCACCUGGGGAUUUCACGGGGUGGUGGACAAUAUAACAUAAAGGUAGAACAAACAUGGAGGAGAGUUAAUGUGACCCACAACCUGGUAAUUUUAAACAGGAGGGGGAAAUUUCUGGAGGCCCGUGAUGGAACACAAUUACAGCACCAGUGUGUAGGAUUUAGUGACAUCUAGGGGUGAAGUUGUAUAUUAAAACCCUCUUUCUUUUGUUUCACGCUCCCCAAGAGAAACAAUGGUGGCGUUCAGGUAGCAUUAGAACAUAUAAACCCUCCCCUUAGCCACUGUACAAACUGAACUGAUUUUGAAAUAAAAAAUGAAAGUGUAUUUUUAAUUUCGUACCACUCAGACAUAAAUGAAUAAAAUUGCAUUCCGCACAUUUUCAGUUGCAGUACUGGUGUUGCCAUUUGUCUUCACUGUCUUCACAAAUCUACUUCCUCUGU